CUUUUCCUUUUUUUUUUUAAUACUCCCCACUAUCAAUCGGUUACUUAUUCAAUUACCCUUUUGACAUAAGAUACAUAUACAAACUAAGUCGCUCCUGACUUUUUUUUUUUUUUGUAUACCAUUCUAUUCACUUAUCAAGACAUAACAUUUAUACUUUUUGUCAAAUAGAAAGUCGGUCUUCAUUUUUUUUUUUUUUAGAUAUUUUCCACUCAAAAAUUAUAUAUAUAUGCCUUUUAUCAAUCCCUUAUCUUUUGUCAGUUCAACAAAAACUUCGGCAUCGUCGACUUCACCAGCAACGACAACAACAACAACAACCAACAAACUUAGUACUCCUACAUUUCCUAGCCAAGAUGGAAAAGCCGGUGCUGGUUCCGAUGCUCAAAAAUAUCGUUUUGUAGAAGAGAUAUUGAAUGCCCCUGACUACUAUCGUGUAUUGAAUGUGACUAAAAAAGCAACACCAGAAGAAAUUCGACGAGCCUAUAUCAAGCGUAGUAGGGUCUGUCAUCCUGAUAAGUUUGUUCCACCUUAUCCUCGAGCAACUGAAAGUUUUCAACUCCUGUCAUUGGCUUACGAAACAUUAUCCGACCCUUCCACCAAAUUGAUGUAUGACUUAUCCUCCAAUAAGAAACAAAAUUUUCAAUCAAGUACAAAAAAUCCAAAUGAUACUUUACAACGUGUUCUUCAUCAGUUAUUCAAUGAAAUGAUGGAUGGGGAAUUUCAGACCAUGCGGGCUUUUAUAUAUGCUUUGAACGAAACCAAUCCUGGUAUGCAUAUCAGUGAAGAUGCCAUCAUCCAUAUAGAGGUCGCCUUCCGAAAAAUGCGUGAGGUGUUUGUAUCCACUCAACAAUACUAUCAGGUGGUUCAAUUUGAAUUGAUGCGACUUUACGAAUUACAACAAGAAUUACGAGCACUGUCCUACUUCAACAUAUGGGGAAGAAUGCAAUUAUCCAUUACCAUGUGUAAAGUCUUAUUACAACUACCUAUUUUAAUCAAUACUGAGUCACGACAGAAACAACGACGUCAAAUUGAAGAUGAUAAGGAAGAAGAUGAUGAUCCUCAAGGUAUUCUCGGUACUCGAAUUGAAAAUGCAUUGAAAAUGGCUGUUGGAUUACUGGAAACUGGUGAACGCUACGCAAAUCAUACUUGGUGAUCUUUAUCUAUUAUAUUAUCCAUCUUCUCCGCAUUCAUUCAUUCAUCUUCAUUUUAGUGUUCCCCUUCCCUUUCGUCUUUUUUUUUUUUUCACUAUUGUUAUUAUACCCAAUUUUUUUUCAUUAUUAUUAUUAUUAUU